UUUGAAAGUUGACCGGAAAUAACGCUGCCCGGGAGGGAAACAGUGCGUUUCUCUUGGGAACCGAUGUUUUGUGUAAAUUAUAAAUAAGUUUCACAUCCACCCGCAUGGCACCCGGUUCGUUUCUUAUUAGGAAGCCAUGUUGAAGUUUAAAUACGUGAGUCAGGGGAGCCUGAUACCGAUGGUCUCCUCCACGGACCCCAUCGCCAGCCGCAGCUCGCGACUCAACCAGGUGUUUCAGGGCCGUGCCAGUCUGCGGGGGCAGCCGGAGGGAUGCACUGUAGGCCGGGAGGAGUUCCUGGAGGCGCUGCUGCUCCUCUACCAGGAGUGCACCUCCCCGGAGCUGAUGAGCAUUCAGCACGUGGCGAACUUUGUCAACAAGUUUUCUGAAGUGGUCUCCGAGCUGCAGGCCCUGCAGCCUGGGGUCGAUGACUUUGAACUGUGUUCGGUGGUCGGCCGCGGUCACUUUGCUGAAGUCCAAGUCGUUCGAGAGAAAGCCACUGGAGACAUUUGUGCCCUGAAAGUCAUGGACAAGGCAGUUUUGCGCACUCAAGAAAAUCUGGUUUUUCAUGAAGUAGAGCGGAGGAUCCUGGCUCUUAACACCAGUCCCUGGAUCCCACAGCUUCACUACGCCUUCCAGGAUAAAGAACACAUCUACCUGGCGAUGGAAUACUUGCCAGGUGGUGACCUGAUGUCCCUACUAAACCGAUACGAGGAUCAGUUUGAUGAAUCCAUGGCUCAGUUCUAUUUGGCUGAGCUGGUAGAAGCCAUUCAUACUGUCCACCAGCUGGGCUACGUUCACAGAGACGUCAAACCAGAGAACGUUCUCAUCGAUCGGACUGGUCACAUUAAGCUGGCAGACUUCGGUUCAGCUGCCAGGCUGAAUGCUAACAAAACAGUAGCCGCUCCCAGGGUGCCUGUUGGCACCCAGGACUUCCUGUCUCCUGAGGUCCUGAUGGCAAUGAAUGGGGGCUCCUCUCACAGCACUUACGGGGUGGAGUGUGACUGGUGGUCCCUCGGCGUCAUAGCCUAUGAGAUGAUCUAUGGCAGGCCACCUUUUUCUAAUGGCACUUCUAAGACAAUUCACAACAUCGUUAACUUUGAGCAAUUCCUAAAGUUUCCGCAGCAGCAGCACGCCAGUAAGCAGUUUGUAGACCUGGUGCAGAGCUUGCUGUGUGGAGCCAAAGAGCGACUCGAUUUCCAGGGGCUCCACUGUCACGCUUUCUUCUCCAGUGUCGACUGGAACAACUUACGACACGUUCUCCCGCCUUUUGUUCCUGCAUUGCACACUGAGGAUGACACCUCUAAUUUUGAGGAGCCGGAGCAGGCAGCCCCCCGGCCAGCCUCAGCAGCCCAGCCAGGAGCUCUGUCGGUGGGCUUCCAGGGCCUGGAUCUGCCCUUUCUAGGCUGGUUCUUCAGCAGAGCAUUGACAACAUUGGCCAAAACUGAAUCAGUGUCUGCAGGCCUCAACUCUCCAGCUAAGGCCAACUCUAUGGAAAAGAAACUUCACCUGAAAAGCAAAGAAUUACAAGAAACUCAAGACAAAUGUCACAAGAUGGAUCAGGAGAUCUCCAGGUUCCAGCGUAAAAUGACUGACCUGGAGUCAGUACUCCAGCAGAAGGAUGUGGAGCUGAAGGCGUCUGAGACUCAGCGGGGCAUCCUGGAGCAAGACCUCGCCACCUACAUUACUGAGUGCAGCAGCCUGAAGCGAAGCUUGGAAGAGGCACGUGUGGAAGUCUCCAGAGAGGAUGACAAGGCCCUGCAGCUGCUGCAUGACAUCCGAGAACAGAGCAAUAAGCUGCAGGAAAUUAAAGAGCAAGAGUACCAUGCCCAACUGGAAGAGAUGCAGGUCACCAUCAGGCAGCUGGAGGAGGACCUGUCCGCCGCCCGGCGCCGCAGUGACCUCUAUGAAGCCGAACUUAGGGACUCCAGACAAACAAGUGAAGAACUGAAAAGGAAAGCUGUUGAAUACCAGCAGAGAAUCCAGAAGGCCAAAGAGCAGGGAAAGGCCGACGUGGAGGAGCUUCUCUCUAAACUUGAGAAGACUAACUCCGAGCAGCAGGUGAAAAUCCAAGAGCUCCAGGACAAACUGUCUAAGGCAGUGAAAGCGAGCACAGAAGCAACGGAGCUGCUGCAGAAUGUCCGGCAGGCCAAAGAGCGUCUGGAACGGGACCUGGAGCGUCUGCGAGGCAAAGGCGACUCCAGUGACUCUUUAAAACGUCGCCUCAGAGAGACAGAGGAGGGCAGGAAGACCCUGGAGAACCAGGUAAAGAGGCUGGAAAUGGUUGAGCGGCGGGAGAAUAAGCUGAAAGAUGACAUUCAAACCAAAUCCCAGCAGAUCCAGCAGAUGGCUGAAAAGAUCCUGGAACUGGAGGACAACCUGCGAGAUGCCCAGUCGACAGCCCAGAGAAUGGAAACCCAACUGGUUCAGAAAGAGAGGCUUUUUGAAGACAAGAUCAAGGUUCUGGAGACCCAGAUGAAGGUUGACCUGGCUGACAAGGAGAGCCUCGAGGUCAGAAGAGCCCAACAUGAGGAGGAGUCCAGGGAGAACUGCAAACUUAUCGGUGAACAGAAAGCAACCAUUAAUGCUAUGGAUUCCAAGAUGAAGAACCUGGAGCAGCGCAUCUCUGAGCUGUCAGAGGCUAACAAGCUGGCCGCUAACAGCAGCAUCUAUACCCAGAAGAAUAUGAAAGCCCAAGAGGAGAUGAUCUCUGAGCUACGGCAGCAGAAGUUCUACCUGGAGUCUCAGGCAGGGAAGCUGGAGGCCCAAAAUGCCAAACUGGAGGAGCACCUUGAGAAGAUGAGUCAACAGGAGCAGGCCAAGAGGACCCGACUGCAGGAGCUGGAGAGCAGGCUGCGAGAGAUGGGCCUGGAACAUGAAGAAGAGAAGCUGGAGAUCAGGAGACAGGUGUCGGAGUUGACCUUGUCUCUGCAGGAGCGUGAGUCUCAGAUUAGCAGCCUGCAGGCUGCCCGUCAUGCCCUGGAGAGCCAGCUGCAACAGGCAAAGACUGAGCUGGAAGAGACCACCGCUGAGGCUGAGGAGGAGAUCAACGCCCUCAGGAAUCACAGAGACGAAAUUCAGCACAAGUUUGAUGCCUUGAGAGAAAGCUGCUCGGUGAUCACUGACCUGGAGGAGCAGCUUACCCAGCUGAGUCAGGAGAAUGCUGAGUUGAACCGCCAGAACUUCUACCUGUCCAAACAACUUGAUGAGGCGUCUGAUGAGAGGGAGGACCAGCUGCAGCUCAGCCAGGAAGUGGACAGGCUGAGGAGGGAGGUGGCUGACCGCGAGAUGCACCUCAACAACCAGAAACAGAACAUUGAGACACUGAAGACAACAUGCAGCAUGUUGGAGGAGCAGGUGGUUGAGCUGGAGUCCCUAAACGACGAGCUGCUGGAGAAAGAGCGGCAGUGGGAGGCUUGGAGAGGGGCCCUGGAGGACGAAAAAAGCCAAGCUGAGAGACGCACAAGGGACCUGCAGAGACUGCUGGACAAUGAGAAGCAGAAUAGGCUGCGUGCAGACCAGCGCAGCAGUGAGUCUCGCCAGGCAGUGGAACUGGCCGUCAAAGAGCACAAAGCUGAGAUAGUGGCCUUACAGCAUGCUUUGAAGGAGCAGAGACUAAAGGCUGAAAGUCUGUCUGAUACUCUCAAUGAUCUGGAGAAGAAGCACUCAAUGCUAGAGAUGAACGCCCGCAGCUUACAGCAGAAACUGGAGACCGAGCGUGAACUGAAACAGAGGCUCAUGGAAGAGCAAGGGAAACUGCAGCAGCAGAUGGACCUGCAAAAGAGCCACAUUUUCCGCUUGACCCAAGGUCUGCAGGACGCCCUGGACCAGACUGACAUGCUCAAGACGGAGAGAACUGAUCUUGAGUACCAGCUGGAGAAUAUACAGGCUGUGUACUCCCAUGAGAAGGUGAAGAUGGAGGGGACCAUCUCCCAGCAGACUAAACUCAUUGACUUCCUCCAGGCGAAAAUGGACCAGCCCACCAAGAAAAAGAAGGGUAUAUUUGGGCGGCGGCGAGAAGAUGUAGGUACCACAACUAACGGCGCGCUGGUUCCACAGGCCCAGCCGGCAGUUCCCAUGCAGUACAGUGACAUGAAACUGGCUCUGGAGAAGGAGCGCUCAAGGUGUGCAGAGCUAGAGGAGGCUCUGCAGAAGAUGAGGAUAGAGCUACGGUCCCUUAGAGAAGAGGCGGCUCAUUUCAAAGCACAGGAACAUAUGGCUCCUUCCACUCCGGCCCAGGCUCGACACCAAAUCCUCAUGUCGGCCAUUGUCAAAUCCCCAGAACGUCAGCCCAAUCCCAGCAGCCUGCUGAACCCCUCCACCCGCUCUAAGGAGAUGUCCACACCUGAAGAAUUUGGUCGUCGUGUGAAGGAAAGAAUGCACCACAACAUCCCUCAUCGUUUCACUGUGGGCCUCAACAUGAGGGCUGCCAAGUGUGCUGUCUGUCUGGACACUGUGCAUUUUGGACGACAGGCUGCCACUUGUCUAGAGUGCAACACAUUGUGUCACCCUAAAUGCUCACCGUGUCUUCCGGCUACCUGCGGUCUGCCAGCCGAGUACGCCACUCACUUUUCUGAGGCUCUGUGCCGAGAAAAGGCGAACUCGCCUGCGCUGCAAGUCAAAGAGGCCAGUGGGCAUGUUCGUUUAGAGGGUUGGAUGAAGCAGCCUCGAAAUGGAAAGCGUGGUCAGCAAGGCUGGGAGACGAAGUACGUGGUGCUAGAUGGAACUAAAGUGUCCAUCUAUGACAGUGAGCCCAGAGAGGACUGUAUGGCGCCUGAGGAGGAGUUUGAGCUCUGUAUGCCUGAUGGAGAAGUGACAAUUCAUGGAGCUGUUGGAGCCUCUGAGCUCAUCAACACGGCAAAGUCAGACAUCCCAUAUGUGUUGAAGCUGGAGUCACAUCCCAACACCACCUGCUGGCCAGGCCAGUCUCUCUACUUCAUGGCUCCCAGCUUCCCUGACAAGCAGCGCUGGGUGGCUGUGCUGGAGUCUGUGGUGGCUGGUAGCCGUGGAUCUAAAGACAAAGUCGAUUCCGAUGCUGCAGGUGUUUCUAAAAGACAGAAGAACCUAUCCCCUCUGGUUCAGAAACUUCUUGGGAACUCCCUGCUGAAACUGGAGGGUGAUGACCGUUUGGACAUCAACUGCACUCUGCCUCUCACUGACCAGAUUGUGUUGGUGGGGUCCGAGGAAGGAUUGUACGCUCUAAACGUCAUAAAGAACUCUUUGACACACAUCCCUGGGCUGACCUCCGUCUUCCAGAUCCAGAUCCUGAAGGAGCUUGAUAAGCUGCUGAUGAUCACUGGAGAGGACAGGGCACUUUGUCUGGUGGAGAUCAAGAAAGUGAAGCAGUCCUUGUCACAGUCUCAUCUCCCGGCUCAGCCUGACCUCAAUCCCUUCAUCUUUGAGACAGUGAAGGGAUGCCACCUCUUCUCCUCUGGGAAGAUUGAUAAUGGGACUUGUAUCUGCGCUGCUAUGCCCAAUAAGAUCACAAUUCUACGACUCAACGAAAGCCUCAACAAGUUCUGCAUCAGAAAGGAAAUUGAGACGUCAGAGCCCUGCAGCUGUAUCCACUUCACUGGCUACAGCAUCAUCAUCGGCACCAACAAGUUCUAUGAGAUUGAGAUGAAGCAGUAUGUGCUGGAAGAGUUCCUGGAUAAAAACGACGUAACGCUCGCCUCUGCCGUCUUCGCUGCGUCUUCCCACAGCUUCCCGAUCUCUAUCAUCCAGGUCACCACUGCUCCACAGAAGGAUGAAUACCUGCUCUGUUUCCAUGAGUUUGGUGUGUUUGUGGAUGCAUACGGCCGCAGGAGUAGAAAUGAUGAUAUCAGAUGGAGCCGUCUGCCUCUCUCAUUUGCGUACCGAGAACCUUACUUGUUCGUGACCUACUUCAACUCCCUGGACGUUAUUGAGAUUCAGGGACAUGCUGCUCUGGGGCCUCACUCAUAUGCACACCUGGAUAUCCCCAACCCACGCUACCUUGGCCCCGCUAUCUCCUCUGGGGCCAUCUACCUGGCCUCGUCCUACCAGAACAAACUUAGGGUCAUAUGCUGCAAGGGCAACCUGAUCCAGAGCCAAGAGGGUUUAGGAGACCUGCAGCGAAACAGCUCCGGCCGCAGCCCCAACAAGCGCGGGCCUCCAUCCUACAAUGAGCACAUCUCUAAAAGGCUGGCCUCCAACCCAGGAGACCCAGGCACACCUCACCGCUACCGAGAGGCUCGCACAGAGUUUCGGCGGGACAAGUCCCCCAGCCGUCCAUUGGAGCGAGAGAAGUCCCCCGGCAGGAUGCUGGAGAGCCGGAUAGUGGGGUCUCCAGGCAGGGCCAUGGCCGACCCCCGGUUAGAGCGCUCCCCAGGGAGGGCCAUGGCAGACCCUCGCAUGGAGCGCUCCCCUGGCCGGAUGAUGGAUGUUCGUAGGGAGAGGUCCCCCGGACGAUUCGAAGAGCGCCAAAGGCUCCACACUGGCUCUGGACGCACACCCAUAAACUCUGUUAACAAGGUAUGGGACCAAUCAUCUGUUUGAGACACAGCAGAGCCACAUAGCCAGACAUGGACAGAGAAACUCAUCUAGGAAAGAGGAAAGGAAGAAACUCGGGAACCAGUGAGAAUGUCACCAACUCAUGAUAAAAACACUGCCACACAUCUGUUUUGCCUGACAUCUUAGCUGAGAAACCCUCAGAGGAAAACCUCUGUAGCUGUUACAGUAGAGAGAAUGAGAGAAAUAAAUAGAUGUCAUCACAAUCAGGUCAUUUUUUCCUUAAUGAACUUACGAAGGUCAAGAAAAUGACAUAUUUCCAAUCUGAGCAGAGAUGUUUGAGAAAAGGGAGGGAUGUGUAUGUGCUCUGUCAUUUGGGAAGGAAACAACUUGAUUUGAUUCAUUUUUGUCACCAACAGAAAGCUGUGACGUGAAUAGUCUUGACUCAUGAGUUUCUCUUGCUUCAGUUUACUGCAGACAGUAGAGACAGUAAUAGAUGAGCACAGCCGUAGCAACACAUCAAAGCCUAAAUAUUUCCAGAAGUCGUUCACGAGUGAAAAUGGCAGAAAACAGUAUUAUCACAAGUGGCAACUUUCCAAACUCAGCUCUGUCCUGUGUAGCUACAGCUCAGGGCAGGAGGGGAUUAACGUCCAACGAUCUUUCUGGCUCCAGUCCUGCACUUACACCUCAACACACAAUCAUUAUCGGCUUAUUACAAUCAUUCUCCACUAACCUCAGUCUCCUGUCGAGACUGUGGCUAGCUGAGGUAACAGGACUUAUCUCGAGCCAACGCUAAUUAGAACAAAAAAUUCAAAUGAAUGAACCCUUCCCACCCCUGUACAUCACACACCGGAUGAUUGUCUGCCCUCAGUUAGGUCGACACUAAAACUGCACUACCCACAAUCCCCCAGCAGCGAUGGAGCAGGACCUUUAUAAUCCCUCAGAAUGCUAUCUGACUGUAAAUAGACGAGACAUAAUUUUAUAUAUUAAGAAGGAAUUUCAAGGCUGGAUUAAGCCAUGUCUAUUUUUGUUAAAGAAAAAAAAAAAAAGUUAUUACGUGUCCUCUUGAAUGUCCAAUGAGUAUUCUUUUAAUAUGUCCAAACGUCUUUUAUCAAGUGAGUGAUUGUAUCUGGACCCAGCUCUUGUAUGCACUUCAUCUGUCAAAGGCAAAACCUCAGUGCUACAUUAUAUGACAGGAGGGAAAAAAUAGAUCAUGUAUGAAGCUUACAACAUAGUACUUGAGCAUUUCCUUUUGUACAAUGUCCCUGAAUAUUGUAAAUAUCCCAAAACUGUUCACGGUGAAGAUGGAAAUAAUCUUUUUUUUUUUGUUUUCCCUGAUUCGUAAAUGGCAUGGAUGUAUAUCUGAAAUGAAACGGAGUGCUGUCUUCUGCUUCUGCCUAAUUCGGGUAAUAUUUUUAUUCCACAGUUUAAGAAUGAAGCACGUGAAUAACAUCUGUUCAUUUAACUAUUUAACCUCUUUGCACAGUCCAUUCUUAUCAUUUUAAUUUUUAAAGGCACUCUUGGCAAGCUCAACAUUCCAGUCUAAACUUCAAGAAUCAAAUCCGUCCACAAUUGUCUUCGCUCUUGUUGAGCUGUUAGCUCUACGGACCUUCAUUGGAUAUAUGGAAAUAGAAAAUGCGUGUUUGUCAGAAUGUUUUUGAGAAUCCACUUUGCAACUUGCCCAGUGUGUCUGUCAACAGUAGUGCGCUCAAUAGGAAGAUUUUCCGUCAACUUACUGAAUCCACUAUUGUUCUUUUUUACACGUCACAAAUCUUCCUGAAUGUAUUCAAGCCAAGACGAUGGAACUUAUUCAUUGAUCGUAUUUGCUCAACAGAAAGCACCCAAAGCUACAGAUUGCACAAGUUUUCUACUGCUGUCUUUAUAGGACUCUAUAGAAGAAGGGUUUCCCAUCCUGUUUUAUUUAAUUUUUAUAUUGUUUUUAUAAUUAGUAUUUCUUUUCAGAUGAUCCUGAAUCACGAUGCCGUAACACUGGAUAUGAUAUUGAUGUCUGCAAACAAAUGUUUUAUUAGCGUUCUCCCUGUAGAGAUUUUGUCACAUAAUAUUAAAUAUUAUAUGCAUUGUC